GAUAUUACAUAUAUUAAACAUGUUUCUCAUAUGGUACUCCUUAAAAAACAUACAACCCAUCGGCCAUGACAACUUCCUUAAAGGUUGCUGUUAUCGGUGCGGGUGUAGGGGGACUAAUCACCGCCCGUGAGCUGAAACGAGAGUCCCAUCAAGUUGUGGUGUUCGAAAAGUCGCAUCGACUUGGUGGAACUUGGGCUUAUGAUCCACGAGUCGAGGAUGAUCUUUUGGGACUGGACCCAGAUAGAGAGAUUGUUCAUGGAUCUCUCUACAAAUCCAUGCGAACGAAUCUUCCACGCCAGCUGAUGAGCUUCACCGAUUUCAAAUUCGGCGAAAAAGAAUAUGGAGAUCCGCGUUUGUUUCCCGGCCACAACGAAGUUUUAAUGUUCUUGGAAGAUUUUGCAAGUAAUUUUCAAAUCACCGAGUUGAUUCGGUUUAAAACUGUGGUGACUCGAGUGGAGGCCAUUGACUCGGGGAUCACUGAGUUUGUGGUUGAGUCAAUGACGAAUCAAGUGAGUUCGGUGGAGGUGUUUGAUGCUGUGGUCAUUUGCAGUGGUAACAACACUCAGCCUCGACUAGCAACUUAUAUUCCAGGUAUUGAGACAUGGUCUAAAAAGCAGAUGCACAGUCACAAUUAUCGUGUUCCUGAACCAUUUCGAAAUCAGAUUGUAGUUGUAAUUGGAAGUGGACCAAGUGGAGUGGACCUAUCAAGAGAAAUAUCAACGGUUGCUAAAGAAGUUCACAUGUCAUCAAGAUCUCCAAAUGUUAAAGUCUCAAAAUUGGAGAAGUUCAACAACUUAUGGCAACAUUCUAAGAUAGAAUGUAUCAAUAAAAAUGGCACGAUAACAUUUCAAGAUGGACCCUCUGUUGAAGCGGAUAUCAUAUUCCAUUGCACUGGGUAUAAAUUUCAUGUUCCAUUUCUCAAAACGAAUGGUAUUAUAAGUGUUGAAGACGAAGGUAUUGGACCUCUAUACAAGCAUAUUUUCCCCCCACAACUUGCUCCAAGGCUCUCUUUCGUCGGAUUACCCAAAAAGGGACUUACAUUUCCAAUAAUUGAGUGUCAAUCACGAUGGAUAGCACAAGCAUUAUCGAGGAAAGUAUCGUUGCCAUCAAAGGAUGAAAUGUUGUGUGACGUCAAAGAAUAUUACCGAAUAAUAAAAGGAAAUGUGCUUUUGGAACACGACAUUCAUUCCGUUGAAUUUAAGGGUGAUUACAUGGACUGGAUAUCUGCUCAAACUGGGAUGGUCGUGGAGAAGAGAUUACAAGAAAAGUUCACAUACCUCAUCCAGUGUUUCAUCUCUUAUUCAGAUGAGUAUAAGGAUUUAUAUUCGUUGAAAUACGGGAAAUGAUUUAGAUUUCCAUCUUGAAUGUUGCAUUACAUUUACAUGAUGAAUCAGUAAAAGUGGUGUAAUAAGAAUAAUUGAAAUACUAGCUUUAUUUAACCAUUAAUUGUUAUGGGUUGUUCGGUUGAUUUUCC